UGCCAGUUUGCACAAUGACAGAGACCUGCGAGGAGAGGGAGCGUUUGUUUUUCAAGGAGAUCUAAUUCUGGAUUCAAUGACUUUGAUUCUGGGAACCAGUGAUGAGUUGGCUCUUGACGUGGAUUCUACUUGUAGCGGGAAUUCAUGAGGCCUUCUCACAAAAUUCCUCCGCUACGAUGCCCGUCCCUGAGCCCACUGCCCUGGAGCCGUACAACCGCACGCAGUACUGCAAAUGGCCGUGCGAGUGCCCCAAGACGCUCCCGACGUGCCCCCUCGGGGUGAGCGUGCUCGUGGACGGCUGUGACUGCUGCAAGACCUGCGCCAAACAGGUGGGCGAAGUAUGCAACGAGAAAGACCCCUGCGACCACCACAAGGGACUAUACUGCGACUACAGCAGAGACAAGCCUAGGUACGAAAAGGGAGUGUGUGCAUAUCUAGUUGGCACUGGGUGUGAGUAUAACGGCGUCAUCUACCGCAACGGCCAGAGCUUCCAGCCCAACUGCAAGUACCAGUGCCUGUGCGUGAACGGUGCCAUCGGCUGCCUGGGCCUGUGCAAUGAGUCGCUGCCGCCGAGGGUGUGGUGCCAGACGCCGCGGCGAGUCAAAAUCCCGGGCCAGUGCUGCGAGACGUGGAUCUGCGACGAGCCCAGGAGGGGGCGCAAGACGGCACCCAGGCACGCCAUGCAAGCUCCUUCCUAUCAUAACAACGGCUGGCACAAGAACUGUCUAACCCAGACGACGUCCUGGAGCCCCUGCUCUAAGACCUGCGGCCGAGGCCUGUCCAUGCGCAUCACCAACGCCAACAAGCGCUGCGAGAUGGUCAAGGAGAGCCGACUGUGCAACAUCAGGCCCUGCGACGUGGACAUCACCAAACACUUCAGACCAGGGAAGAAGUGCCUGAACAUCUACCGGGAGCCGCGGCCGACCAACUUCACCAUCUCGGGCUGCACCAGCACCAAACCGUACUGGCCCAAGUACUGCGGCGUCUGCACAGACGACCGCUGCUGCAUCCCGUACAAGUCCAAGACGGUGGAGGUGGAGUUCUCGUGCCCCAACGGGGCCAAGCUCACCUGGCCGGUCAUGUGGAUCAACGCGUGCUUCUGCAACCUCAGCUGCAGGAACCCUAAUGACUUCUUUGCUGAGCUGGAACAGUACUUUGAGUAUUCGGAGAUUAUGAACUGACGGGCGAGGAAGAGGCGGUGGCAGGAGAAGGAGAAGGAGAAGGGAGGAGAGUGUGUGUGUGUGUGUGUGUGUGUGUGUGUGUGUGUGUGUGUGUGUGUGUGUGUGUGUGUGUGAGUGUGUGUGUGUGUGUGUGUGUGUGUGUGUGUGUG